GAACACUGAAGGCUGCGUGAGGAGCGUCAGUAACGCAACCUGACACACUCAACCUGUCUUUUGUAGCAUCUUUCACCUCUUUUACCUCACCGAGGAUGAGACACCAAACCUAAAGGAAACGCACUCUGAAGUGGCUUGAUGGUUAUUUUAUCCUAUUAGAGCGCGCGCCGGUGGACACAUGGACGAGGUGAACUGCGUUCAGCUCGCGCUUUGAUGUGAUCUUCUCGUUUGCUGGUUCGGGUUGCAUUCCGCUGUGCCAACAGACACUUUUCCUUCAACGCUUAAUUUCUCCAAUGCUUAACCUUGACAACAAUCGCAACUUGCUAAUGCGUGAUGGUGUUCCCCUUGUAGCCAACAUCCGGUUGGUGAUUUAACUUUCCCCACGUGCACUGGCUUUAUUGGCUUCACUGCAAAUGUGUUUGUGUGGAAGAGGACCGAAACGACUAACACUUGAGGCUCUGCCGUUUCCUCCUGCAUGAGAAGGCUCACAUUUGAUCGCUCGGGUUUUUUUUUUGACGAAACGCAGAAGUGGUGCUGACACCUGAGUGUUUCUCAUAUAAUAACCCUUAACAAAGACUUACCAGAGACUUGGAGUAACCUUCAGCGCUUUUGUGUUUUUGCGUGCGUGUGAGAUCAUACGAAAAGGCUCUCAGGUUGUGGAGAAAAACGCAGCAGUGAUUGUAGGAGAGCAUCCAAAGACGAUGGUCCACUGUGCAGGCUGCGAGAGGCCUAUACUGGACAGGUUCCUGCUCAAUGUGCUGGACAGAGCGUGGCACAUCAAAUGUGUGCAGUGCUGCGAGUGCAAAUGCAAUUUAACCGAGAAAUGCUUUUCUCGUGAAGGGAAACUCUAUUGCAAAAAUGACUUCUUUAGGCGCUUUGGGACAAAGUGCGCCGGUUGUGCUCAGGGCAUUUCGCCCAAUGACCUGGUCCGCAGAGCGCGCAGUAAAGUGUUCCACCUCAACUGCUUCACGUGCAUGAUGUGCAACAAACAGCUGUCCACGGGGGAGGAACUCUACAUCAUAGACGAGAACAAAUUCGUGUGCAAAGAAGACUAUUUAAGUAACGCCACCGUGAAAGACAUCAACCUUCUCUCGGUAACAGCCUGCAGUGAUCCGAGUUUAUCGCCCGAUUCCCAAGACCCGCUUCAGGACGAUGUGAAGGACUCGGAAAUCGCCGCCUUGUCGGACAAAGAAGCAGCGAACAACGAGAACGACGACCAGAAUUUGGGUGGGAAGCGACGCGGCCCGCGCACUACCAUCAAAGCCAAACAGCUCGAGACGCUGAAGGCGGCGUUCGCGGCCACGCCCAAGCCCACGCGCCACAUCCGGGAACAGCUCGCGCAGGAAACCGGUCUCAACAUGCGCGUCAUACAGGUGUGGUUCCAAAACCGGCGCUCUAAAGAGCGACGCAUGAAGCAGCUGAGCGCACUGGGCGCGCGGAGACACGCGUUUUUCCGAAGUCCACGGAGGAUGCGCACGCUGGUGGACCGACUGGAGCCAGGAGAGCUCAUACCAAACGGCCCUUUCUCCUACUAUGGAGAUUAUCAGAGUGAUUACUAUGGACCUGGAGGGAACUAUGACUUUUUUCCUCAAGGGCCACCAUCCUCACAGGCCCAGACCCCGGUGGAUCUCCCAUUUGUCCCAUCAUCAGGACCCACUGGCACCCCUUUAGGGGGCAUGGACCAUCCCAUCCCUGGGCAUCACCCAUCCAGUGAAGUACAACGCUUUUCAGACAUCAUGUCUCAUCAUCCAGGAGAGUCGCCCAGCCCAGAACCCGGGAUUCCUGGACCUCUGCACAGUAUGUCAUCCGACGUGUUUGGCCCUAGUCCCUCGUUUACCUCACUCUCCCUCAAUGGAAGCGGAUACAACAACCACCUCUCCCAUCCUCCUUCGGAAAUGAAUGAAGGAACAGUGUGGUAGCUCCUGAAGAUGUUUCUCCAGAAAGAAAUUAGGGACAACAAAAAAGAGAGGAUGGCAACAGGGACACUGGUCACUUUUUUGCCAUUCAUAUUUAUUAUUUUUGACAUUUCUUCAUUAUUUUGGUGAUAAGAGAAUAUAAACAGGUGCAGCAGACAAAGAGACCAUAGACAUUUACUUUGAUAUUGUGUUGCAGUUCAGUUAUGUUGUUUUCUCCUCAUCAAAGUCAGAACUUGAGCACAGAAAUGACUGAUGGCUACUGUUGACCUAAUCGCUGUAUGGACGGCGCUGUGAGGCUUAGCACAGCAACUCUCCCUUCCCCCCUCCCGAAGCCCUCCAUGCACCACUGGUUAAACCUUCACUCUCAAAACAAUGAUCGCAACAUAUUAACAGUAUUAGCUACUGUCAAAGACUUAGCUUUACAGAGAAACACCCACGGCGGCUUACCUAACACUUACCUGCAAUGUUGACUCCAGGAAAGACCUAAGCCGGCAGACUAAUUUAUUUAUUUGGAAGCUCCUCAGACCUCUUUGCCUUUCAAGGCUUUGCCAUAUUGACACUUAAACAACCUUUUUGACACUAAAUAUGUUUCUGGAGGCAGGGAGGAAAAAACUUUUUUUUUCUCUGUGGACAUAUCCCUUUGUUUUUCCUAGAGAUCCACCAAAUCUGAAGUUGGCCUUCAAAAGGCAAACGGUAAAUGUUGUAUGGAUUGUGAACCCUUUAUUUAAUGGAAGAGAACUUGAAAUGUUGUUAAAUGAAGUCUACCUUCUAAAAUUAUUUUAACGAGGGUCUGAAAGGGACUUAGAACAGUCAACUGUUUACGUAAUAUAUUUAAUUCAGGAGUUAAAAAGUAUCAACCAUGUUUUAGAACCUCUUGAUCCAGAUAAAGAAGUUCCAAGCAACCAACCAAACUUUUGUAUUGACUUUAUUUAUAUUGUAUGAAGAAAAACGAGUUUGCUGGGGUUGUGGUUCACUGUGCUAGUUUGUACAAGAUGUUGUUUACAAAAAAAUUAAAAAGGAAAAAAAACACACAAGUAAGUAGACAGUUGCCAAAUAAAACCAUAGCACAAAUACUGUAAAAGUGCUUUGCACCAUUAUCUGCAGAACGUGUUGAAACAAAGUGUAAGUGUUAAAAAAACAAUAAGAAGUAUUUACUUCUUAAUUUUUUAGUCUGCUGAAAAAAAAAACAUUCGAAAAUUGUUAAUAUAACAUACUUAGACCUACAAGUUUUAUUUUUGUGUCUUUAAAGGAAAAUCCAAACUAUUAAAAUCGAUGGUCAAAUGCGCAGUGAGCAGCUGCAAAAUUUCUUUAAAUAUCAAAUUCUCAUGGUAUGUCUUUUAUUGUUCUAAUAAACCUAAGCUUAUGUGACCUCCAGUGCAUAUUAGACCAUUCACUGUAUAAAUACAACAUGUUGAACAAAUUUGUGAGUUUUUAAUAAAAUUAGAAAAUAUGAAAUUGGGAUGCUUGGUUUAGUAACUAAUUGAUUUUUCAUGUACCAUUCUCUGGGCAAUUAACGUUACAUUUCGGGUACACAAAUUAUAGGACUUUCCCAGUUUUAUCCAUUGAAUGUGACACUGGGAGAGCACAUAUAUCUCUCUUGUUUUUGCAUUUCUGAUAAACAUAAAGCUUUAGUCAAAUCUGCUAAAAAAUUGUAAACAUGAACAUUUAACCAGAUGUCAUAUUUGGGAAAACAUCUGUGACUUCUGUGGUUCAUUGACGGGAUGAAGUGAGGAAGAACUUUAUUAAGUUUCUCCUGUGAAAAAGCUUACCUCUGUGUUUUCCCUGAAAAUAUGAUAUUAGAAUAAAAGUAAAAUUCAUGUUAAGUUCAACAUCAUGCUACGGAGCAUUGUACAUUGUCAAAUAUAGAAAAUGAAGUUUGAGCAUUCCUGCUGCUUUAUGUUUAUUACUGAAUGAUGAAAAUCUCUGAUGGUUCUCUUGUAAUAAUCAAACUGCAUUCGCAAUUCGUUACCAAAAGCUUCAUGAAGACUGGUGAAUCUAGAACAAGCACAAAAUUGGGUCCUGUAUUUUGAGAGUUUCUGAUGGCUGAAUACAGAAAGUACAGACUUUAUUAACAGUUAAUAUUUCACAUAAAGGAUACAACACAGACUGUUUUUUUGUGUGUGUCAUGUCUCAAAACCAGGUAUAAAUAUCAAAAAGCGUCAUCAGACAUGUAGAACAGGAAGCAAACCAAUUCCUAAGUUUCUAAAAAUUCACAUUUGAAUUCAUAGACUGGCAGAAAUAAAACAGUAAAAUCAGAUGCAUCGAAUGAAAUCCGUGUAGGAUGAAUCAUGGAAAAAAAAAUCCUUCAUAGGUGCAAAGGCAAGGAAAGUCGGGCAUCAAAUUGAGCCUGGUGUCUUGGGAGGCGACGAGGCUUUAUCUGUGUGGUUUUAGUUUUGAAGGAGCCCGGCAGUGCCCCCACUGCACCCAGCACAUAAUCCACUAUGAAUUAAUCAUGGUCCUGGGAGUUAAACAGGCCUGCCAGGGCCCUCCUGAGCCUGGGGCUUAGCCACGCCGCUGACUCUGCGCUCUGUCACCCAGGAGGCCACAGCUCUUUAAAUUCAAAUCUCAGAUUGAUUGGACAUUGGCUAUUGGUUCUGCCUGACCUUGUAGACAUGUUAAAUAUAAAUGCACCUUAAGAGUAUCGAAUGUUUUUAAAUGACAUUUUAAAAUCUUGAUUGUGGGAUCUCAAUAUAGCACACGCACCUCCUCCGGGCAU